GGCUGUGGAACCAAUGCCAGCGACGGGAGCGAAUUCUCAGCUGCCCAUCGGCUUAGAGGCAAUUUACUCAUCAUGCAGGAAACUUUAUCAGAGCCAGCCUAACCCACUGCAAGUCACUGCCGUUGUAAAAUAUUGGUUAGGUGGUCCUGACCCUUUGGACUACAUCAGUAUGUAUUCCAAUCCUGGAGACCCAGAGAAAGGUGUACCUCCUCAUUGGCACUAUGUUAGUUUUGGAAUCUCAGAUCUCCAUGGUGAUGGACGGGUUCAUGAGUUCACAGGGGGUGAAGGACCAAGUGGAUUUGGGUUUGAAUUAACAUUCAGGUUAAAAAGAGAAUCUAUGGAGACGGCUCCACCCACAUGGCCUGCAGAAUUAAUGCAAGGAUUAUCAAGAUAUGUAUUUCAAUCAGAGAAUACAUUAUGUAGUGGUGACCAUGUGUCCUGGCAUAACCCAUUAGAUAAUAGUGAGUCUCGUAUUAACCAUAUGUUGAUGGUCGAAGACCCACAACUGCCACCGAUAACAACACCCUUUGGGUCAGUACAAUUCAUUCAGAUCGUUGGUGUCUGUAAUGAAGAAUUACAAACGGCUCAGCAUUGGAAUGGUCCUGCAGUUUUAGAUUUAAUGAGAAAAAUACCUGUUGCUGGUGGACCAUGGUUAGUUACAGAUAUGAGAAGGGGAGAAACAAUAUUUGAAAUAGAUCCCCACUUACCGGAACAAGUAGAUCGUGGUAUUGAAACAGAUGGUUCAAAUCUAAGUGGGGUUAGUGCCAAAUGUUCUUGGGAAGACUGGGAUGAAUUCUCAAGUGAUAGUAGUGGAACUGAACAAAGUACACCUCAUAUUUCAAAAUUUGAUUCUGAACAGAUUAAAGCCACAUUACAGCGAGGAUUGGGCCAAGAAAGAGCAGUGUUACCACCAAUACAACCACCACCAAGUACAAAUAAUAUCAGACAUGAAAGAGAUACGAAUCAAGACAUGUUAGAUAACCGAAAACCCUCUCUCGGUGGGAGUUCUGAGAGUGAUGUCGAAGGCAGUACCAUGGAACUUAUUCGAACACGAAGUGUAGAUGGUGUUCAUUUAAAAUUUAAUAUGGAAGCUGGUGCACUGAUUCCAUUAGCAUUGAAGGGUAGACUUAAACAUGGACGACACUUUACAUUUAAAAGUAUAACAGGAGACGUUGCAAUAACUUUAGUUUCACCUCGGGUUGAAGGAUCCAUAGCAGAUGAAAAACAUCCCUUCGCUGCACAUGGGCCUUGGUUACAGAUAUUAAUAUCCGAUGAUUUCCUUGAAAAGAUGAUUGCAGACACAGAAGAGCUGUCAAAAACAACAGAGUUUUCAAAUGCAGUAUAUUUUUAUGAAUUUUUAACUAGUAAAUCUGCCACUGGAGUUGAUUCUGCAGUGUAUUUGAGUAUGUGCAAAUCAAAUACAUUGUUUAAUUUCCUAUUUCCCUCGUGGAGAGAUGGUGGUGAAACAGAAACAUGAACAACAAUCCAUAUAUAUCGCAUACAAAUUUGGGAAUCCAGUAUUGAAUUCAAACGAAAGUGUCUACAAAAUUUUACUCAUUCAUUCACAAUGGCUGCCAUUUUUGAGCAUGAUGCUGUGAUUUCCCCCUACCUAUUGUUUCCAUGGAAACAUGUCUGGCUCCUUUUUUAUCCUAGAAAUGACAUAAUUGUCAAUAUGGGUUGAGGUAAAAUGAAUACAAAAUAGUACCUCACAUAUAGUUUUAUUGAACGUUGUAAUUCAUCACUUGUUGGUUUCUGGUCCACAUAUUUUGUUUCAUUUUAAGUCAGCAACUUACAAAUGUUGUAUAUAGUGCUAAAGUCAAUCAAAUCAAGACACAAACUAGGAUGAAUAAAAUGGUGGACUUGAUGACAUACAAGAUCUCAUGUAACACUGAAACUAGUGGACUAUUCAUUGUAUUAGUAGUUAUUAGUAUAAACCCCUGCCCUUGCUUACGCAUCUUCUAUAAGCACCACUCCCAUUUUAAAAAAAUGGCUAAAUCACAAAUAAUUUAUUUGGUGAUUCUAAUACUGCAUUUAACAUUUUAUUUUUAUGAACCAGUCUCACCAUGUAUUUCAAACCUGUGUACUGUAUUGUAGAGGGCGAAUUAACUGAGCAGGAUCACCUGAGAGGGCGCACUAAUUGGGAUGGGAUUUCUGUAUGGUGAGCAUGUUCAAAACAAUGCAAAUAUAUAAUAUAAAUUAGUGCAUAUAACAUCUCUUAAAUAAUUACAUUAUGGUAAUGUAAACUAAAUAGUAAUCUAUUAUUUAUUAAGUUUUAAUGAAAAGAAUACUUUGUGUUUAAUGACUAUUUUCAUCUUACUGGGUCAAACUACACUAGCUGUUCACUGUCACCCGUUCAUGUUUACAAUCCUAUUUAUUACUGGGCUUUUCUUUCUGUCAAUUUAACUUUUUAACAAAAUUGUUUUUUACUGAUAGAGGGCUGUACUUAUGAGUUGAAUGUCUUGACUAAAUUCAUAUAUCCACAGUACAGAAUAUUUGCUUCUAACAGGAAAAAAUAGAAUCAAUUUACUGGCAUUUAUGAUUGUGUAUUGAAUUAUAUCCAAGAUUGUGACUGUCUAUUCAUUACAGUUGUCUAUUUUGCCAAACUUGGUUUAGAUAUUUCACAUAUCUUUUCCAAGAACGUACAAUUCUACAUGUGAUCAAGCAGUGUUUAUUUUCAAUGAAUGAACUAGUAGUCUUGUUACUUGCAUUUGACAGUACGCAUUCUAAAUCUAUUUGUUUAACAAGGUAUUAUCAAUCACUGAUAAUUAAAAAUUCAUUUGAUUUCUUGUUAAUUAACAAGUAAGAUAAAAUUCAGUGAAGUGGGGUUUUAAAUGCCAAAUAGCAUUUUUUUACACAAUGUUAUUUUUAUUUUUUUUGUUACAGUCUAUGCUAUAGUAAAGUGUAUUUUACCAUA